AACCCCCCCCCUAUCAUCUCCUAUCAUUCGCCUGAUCUCUUAAUUACUACGCUUUAUCAGUAAAGCGUUCAUAGACGUACUAAUUCAUAUUCGUUGCUACCAAUUACAUUAAGUAUCUUCUAACCUAUCUGCCUAGUUAUUAGAUAUUUUCAUAGUUUCGUAAACUGCUACUCCGCAGCACUUGCUUGGCGUCCAAUCGUCAGUAAUCCUCUCCAUUGGUAAGGCCCAAUCAGCGCCUCCGACACGCAUACUAUGCGCAAUUCGCCUCACUCGCGUCGAGAUGAGCCCUUGGCGGACGCUGGGCGCCGGACUACAUAGUAAUGGAUGAGCUCGGCAGGGUUAGUAGGUCGUACUAUAUCUAUCCUCGUCCUACCCACGAUCUGGUUUCGGCCGCAAUUUCUCAGAUCCCUUUUGUGGAUUAUCUCGUUUAGACUGUCAUACUAGCUACUAACCGACAACACGUGAAUGGGUGUAGAAGACCAACCUGCUGUCGAAGAGUCGACUGAGCCCCCUAUAUGCGGCCAUAUCAAUGCCACGCCAGAAACUUCGCUCGGUCGCAGGAACCAGGAAGCUGUGCUUCCAGACCAAAAGUCUCGGGAAAAGACAGUUUCUUCUCCCGUUGAAGAGAACCAUCUCGAGCCCCAUACGUUAGCGAUUAAGGAUCUAGAACAACUUCUCGAAACCGAUGUUGAGAAUGGCCUCGAGUGCGGUGAAGCAGCUCGUCGCCUGGAGCGCUUUGGGCCGAAUAAGAUGGAGGGCGCUCAAGGGCUAUCCGUGUGGAAGAUUCUCUUGAGGCAGAUAUCUAACAGCUUGACGAUGGUUCUCAUUCUUGUUAUGGCUCUCUCAUUUGCCAUCAACGAUUUCAUCGAAGGCGGCGUUAUUGCUGCUGUUAUCUCACUUAAUAUCAUCGUGGGAUUUAUCCAGGAUUAUCGUGCCGAACAGACUAUCCAGUCGCUCUACGCGUUAUCCGCGCCGACAUGCAAGGUUAUCCGCUCGGGACAGAUCACAACGAUCAAGGCCGAAUUGCUUGUUAGAGGCGAUGUUGUAUUACUCAAUGUUGGCGACAUUGUCCCAGCAGAUAUCCGAUUUGUCGACGGACUUAACUUAUCUGCCGAUGAGGCGUUACUAACAGGGGAGUCUCUACCGAUCAGCAAGCAUCCAGAAGUUGUCCUAGACGAUGUUGACGUUCCUCUUGGUGACCGCGUGAACAUGUUAUAUUGCGCCAGCACUAUCACGCGCGGUCGAGGAAAAGGCAUCGUAGCUGCUACUGGAAUGGAAACUGAAGUGGGAAAGAUUGCUCAGUUACUCCGAGCUAACCCCAGUUCGAGUGGUAACAUAUCCAGAUUAAAUGCUUUUUGGAAACGCGCAAAGGCCAGCGGGCGCAGCAUCCUAGGACUCGACGGCACGCCUCUUCAGGUUAAGCUGAGCAAGUUUGCCUUGCUCCUUUUUGCCCUAGCAGUCUUACUCGCCGUCAUCGUCUUUUCGGCUAGCGUCUGGAAUAUUGAUGACGAGGUUCUCAUCUACGGUAUCUGUGUUGGUGUUGCUGUUAUUCCAGAAUCUCUUAUUGCCGUGUUGACUAUCAGUAUGGCUGUCGGAACGAAGGCGAUGGCUAAGGGCAACGUGAUUGUGAGAAAACUUGCCGCCCUAGAGGCUGUUGGGGGAGUGACCAACAUUUGUUCCGACAAGACAGGCACUUUGACUCAAGGCAAGAUGAUUACUAGAAAGAUCUGGCUCUGCGAUGGGUCUACUGCUACCGUUGAAGCCUGUACUCAUCCUUUCGAUCCGUCCAGCGGAAGGGUCACUUGGAAUAGCCAGGAGUUAGAGCCGCAAGAUGAGCCCAAAUCCACAUCUCACUUGUCCGCUGCCGCGAAAAGGUUUAUGGAAUGCAUCUCCUUAUGUAACAAUUCCACCGUUACGGAUGGUAAGCCGGCGCCUAACGACGACGCAGCUGAAACCCUAACUACCUCGACCCUUACAGUACCGAAUUGGGUUGCGGUUGGCGAGCCUACUGAGAUCGCUCUCCAGGUCUUCGCUAUGCGAUUUGGUAUGGGCAAAUCCACCGUUUGUCAGGCAGAUGACAUGCACAUACUCUCAGAGCAUCCAUUCGACUCUUCCUGCAAACGUAUGACUGUCAUAUACUCAUCAACCAGCUCUAGCUCAGCGGAUGUAUAUACUAAAGGGGCAUUAGAAGUAAUGUUGCCAUUGUUAGACGCACCCGAUGCUGUUAAGGCUGAGUUAACCACCAAAGCUGAAUCGCUUGCUGCCGAAGGCCUUAGAGUCCUCUGCAUUGCCCACAAGGUCGUUAAAAGUAUCGCCGACGUUGGAGAUUCGCGCGAAGCUGCCGAAAACCAGUUAGUACCUUUGGGACUUGCCGGCCUCUACGACCCUCCCCGCUCAGAAACUGCGGAUGCGGUUAGGAAAUGCAAGGUCGCCGGAAUAUCUGUUCACAUGCUUACCGGGGAUCAUAUCAAAACGGCGACGGCUAUUGCAUACGAAGUAGGAAUUCUCACUAGCGAUAAUCAUAUCGCUGGCCUAUCUGACACUAUCAUGCCUGCUACUACUUUCGACGCCUUAACCGACGACCAGAUUGACCAGCUAGAGAAACUCCCGGUAGUACUCGCACGCUGUACUCCGUCGACAAAGGUACGCAUGGUUGAGGCGAUACAUCGUCGUGGCGCAUUUUGUGCCAUGACUGGCGACGGGGUCAAUGACUCGCCUGCUUUGAAAAAGGCAGAUGUUGGUAUUGCCAUGGGGUUAAACGGUAGCGAUGUGGCCAAAGAGGCUGCAGACAUGGUUCUCACUGAUGAUAAUUUUGCCUCAAUUGUUACGGCCGUCGAAGAAGGCAGACGCCUAUUUGACAAUAUCCAGAAGUUUCUACUACACCUGCUGGUCUCCAACAUUGCCCAGGUUGUCCUAUUACUUAUUGGUCUCGCAUUCAAAGACCAGAAUAAUAAAUCGGUCUUCCCACUAUCCCCUAUCGAGAUCCUAUGGGCCAAUUUGAUCACGUCGUCCUUCUUGGCCCUUGGCCUAGGUCUCGAGGAAGCUCAACCAGACAUUAUGCUGAAGCCACCGCAUGACCACCGCAUUGGUAUAUUCACAAAAGAGAUCAUUAUCGACAAGAUGGUAUAUGGUUUCUUUAUGGGCUCGCUAUGCAUUGCAGCUUUUACCACCGUCAUCUACACCCCCAUUGAGGCCAGUUAUUCCAAGCUGCCGCACUCCGGAGCGCUAGGCUUCGAUUGCAAUGCAGAAUACAAUUCCACGUGCUAUUACGUUUACAGAGCCCGCGCUACAACCUUUGCGACCCUUAGUUUUCUACUGCUCGUUACAGCUUGGGAAGUCAAGCAUUUCACCCGCUCGCUGUUUAAUAUGUAUCCUGAGUCCUACACUGGCCCCUCUUCGAUCUUUAAGACAGUCUGGGGGAAUAAGUUCCUCUUCGGAGCCGUUCUUGCCGGUUUCAUUAUCACUUUUCCUGUUAUAUACCUACCAGUCAUCGACAAGAGGGUAUUCAAACACCAAGGCAUUGGCAUAGAGUGGGCCAUCGUGGCAGCAUGUGUUGUAGUGUACGUCGUUCUAGUAGAAGGAUGGAAGGCGGGGAAACGGCGUUUUCAUAAGGGGAUUAUCGCCCAUGCCGAAUCUGCCGGGAUGGGGGUGUAGAUCAGUACAUACCGACUGGUCAAUGGGCUUUAAGAGUUUUGGUAUACCUGUGCCAGGCCGGUCAAACUAUAUCUGAUAAUCCAGAUGCUCCGAGGAGCCAAAGGAAGCGUAGGUACACAGUUUUAUUAUUUGUCUGCCAUCCAGUCAUUACAGUUAGGCUUUGUAUAUAGGAACAUACCUAUAUGGUGCCUCCAAAGCACAGCCAAGCAUACGUUCUUUCAUAAGUAAGCAACGGAAGCCAUAUUUUAAAUGUUAAUGGGUUCUCAUCAACAGCAGUUGAUGUAAAAGGGGAAAUCAUCAAGUUAUUAUCAUUUAUAUAAAUAAACAAUCGUUAUCACAAUAAUGCCAACUAGUUUCAUUUG